UUCCUCAUAAGUGACCGUGACCCUCAGUGCAACCUCCACUGCUCCAGGACUCAGCCCAAACCCAUCUGUGCCUCUGACGGCAGGUCCUACGAGUCAAUGUGUGAGUACCAGCGAGCCAAGUGCAGAGACCCGACCCUGGGUGUGGUACAUCGCGGUAGAUGCAAAGACGCUGGCCAGAGCAAGUGUCGCCUGGAGCGGGCGCAGGCCCUAGAGCAAGCCAAGAAGCCCCAGGAGGCGGUGUUUGUCCCGGAGUGCAGCGAGGAUGGCUCUUUUACCCAGGUGCAGUGCCAUACUUACACGGGGUACUGCUGGUGUGUCACCCCAGACGGGAAGCCCAUCAGUGGCUCUUCUGUGCAGAAUAAAACUCCUAUAUGUUCAGGUUCAGUCACCGACAAGCCCUUGAGCCAGGGUAACUCAGGAAGGAAAGAUGACGGGUCUAAGCCUACACCCACGAUGGAGACGCAGCCAGUAUUCGAUGGAGAUGAAAUUACGGCCCCCACUCUAUGGAUUAAGCACUUGGUAAUCAAGGACUCCAAGCUGAACAACACCAAUGUAAGAAAUUCAGAGAAGGUCCAUUCGUGUGACCAGGAGAGGCAGAGCGCCCUGGAAGAGGCCAGGCAGAAUCCCCGUGAGGGCAUUGUCAUCCCUGAGUGCGCCCCCGGGGGGCUCUACAAGCCAGUGCAAUGUCACCAGUCCACUGGCUACUGCUGGUGUGUGCUGGUGGACACAGGGCGCCCACUGCCCGGGACCUCCACACGCUACGUGAUGCCCAGUUGCGAGAGCGACGCCAGGGCCAAGAGUGCAGAGGUGGACGAUCCCUUCAAGGACAGGGAGCUGCCAGGCUGUCCGGAAGGGAAGAAAAUGGAAUUUAUCACCAGCCUCCUGGAUGCCCUCACCACGGACAUGGUGCAGGCCAUUAACUCGGCAGCGCCCACUGGAGGUGGGAGGUUUUCAGAACCAGAUCCCAGCCAUACCCUGGAGGAGCGAGUGGUGCACUGGUACUUCAGCCAGUUGGACAGCAACAGCAGCAAUGACAUUAACAAGCGGGAGAUGAAGCCCUUCAAGCGUUACGUGAAGAAGAAAGCCAAGCCCAAGAAGUGUGCCCGGCGUUUCACCGACUACUGUGACCUGAACAAGGACAAGGUCAUCUCACUGCCUGAGCUGAAGGGCUGCCUGGGUGUUAGCAAAGAAGGUGGUAGUGUUGGCAGCUUCCCCCAGGGAAAAUGAGCAGGUCCAAACUGAUGCAUAGGACGCCUUGUCUAAGGAGCGGAAAACCAAAGGGCAGGUGGAGAGGCCAGGGAGGCAGGACGGACCAUCCGAUACCAUCCGACACCUAACCAUCGCCCAUCCCACCCCCCCACCCCCGGCCCAGCCACAUCCCGUGUAACAUAAGUGGUGCCCACCGUGUUUGCACUUUCGAUAACUCUCAUUUGCGCGUUUUCUUUUUGGUUUCAUUUUUUAAACACCAGUAUCUAAUACCACAGUGGGAAAAGGAAAGGGAAAAAGACUGUUGAUUCUCUUAUUGUAUGUUUUUGGAUCUGCUACUGACAACUUUGAGGGUUUUUUGGGGGGAGCGGGGGAGGGCAUUUGUUGCUGGGACUGAGAAGAAAGAGAUUUAUAUACUGUACAUAAAUAUAUAUGUAAAUUGUAUAGUUCUUUUGUACAGGUGUUGGCAUUGCUGUUUGUUUAUUCCACCCCCUUCCCUGCUCUCAUGGGGCUCUGGACACACGACCCAGCUUCCUAGAACCCAGAACUGCACCCCCAGCCAUUCCGGAGACCGACCCCUGUGUGCGUGUGCACAUAUCAUAGACUCCAUGGCGUCUUUUCUGGGGGAGAGGAGGGCACUGCCCCCUGCUUUAAUGUCAGAUCUGGCAAAUCACUGGGAGGCUGGCCUUCUCAAGCAAGGCUGGGGGGCAGGUGGGAGUUGCGCCUAGAGGGCAGGCAACAGCCAGCCCUGGCUCCAGAUCCCCCUGCCCACGUGUUCCUGCUCUCCAGACCGUCAGGCAGCCCAGACUCCAUCCGUGGCGGCACCCAUAUCUUUGUGACCCACCGCGCAAACGAUCCUCAGAUGAUUUGCAUUAGGCCGCUUGAAACAUUUUCACCCACAUUCAGCUUCUACUCUCUGUAAAGCAUGAGAGGGGAGGCAAAGAAGAAAACGACACACAGUGGGGCCUUCUAUUUAGUAGAUUUUUGAUGUGUAAGUGAUGGAGGGAAGAGGACAGAAGGCCCACACUGAUGAGUGCAGUGCCAGCCUCCUGCAAAUGCACGAGUGAGGCUUCCCGAGACAGACUCUCUCAGCAGCAAGGUCAGACCGGGGCUUCUCACCCCCUUUCUCUCUCCUCUGCCAUCCUGACCUCAGUGGUUACCACAGGCUGGAGUGGGGAGCUCAGUGAGUCACCUCGUUGUUAACUCAGUAGUUUCUUUGGUUUUUAACCCAAUACUGAGAUUCUUCCUGUUCCUCCCAGAUGCUUCUUAGGCUUCCCAGGCUCAAGGCCAAUUCCAGAGCGAAACUGAUCUUGGGCCUCCUGCCUCUGCCUCCUUUAGAAGCGCAGGGAUAAUAGCCCAGCUAGGGAGGGAAAUCCAGACCUAGUUUUCCGCACACAUUUUCCUGGGAUUCCGUUGUGGGCUGUCCAGCCUUCCGCUGCCCCGGUGGCUGUGCCCAUUCAGACAGUGUCAGAGAGCAACAAGUGACACUUAGCAUCUUUUCCCAUGGGCCGCCAUGGUGGUGUCAAAGGAAAGCGAGUAGCCCAAGACUGACGCCCCUGUCGGAUGGCUCUUGGGAAUCUGGCCUCCUCUCAUAUCCCAGCCAGCAUUCUCAUAAGCGCACCCGCCAUGGCAGACUGUGUGUCCCAUUUGGGGUCUGGAAGGCAUUGGCACCAUAAAGCACCGGCCCACUCAAGGCCCUGCUGAGGGAGGGCCCAGCGAGGGGGAGCGCAGCUUUCUCAGGACAUGCUCUGGCGGGGCCUCAGGCUAGAGAAGGUUCUUGCUCUCGCGGAGCAAGUCCUGGAAGGUAUCUCAGGGGGACUGGAGGCCCUAUCCCAGCAUGGUAGGGAGGAAGGGGAGCCCCCCACCCCCACUGGCCUGGACCAGAUGACUUGGUGUGCUACAUGGACCUUCCUGGACGCCCCGGGCCUGAAGGAAGCAGGAAAGAGAGGGCGCCCCCCUGUGGAAAUUCAGAACCCACCCCCUCAACCUUGCCAUCUGCUCUGUCCCACACGUGUAGGCGGCGUUGUGUGGCUUUCCUUUGUGAGGAGGGGGGGCGGAGACUAUUUGUAGCUUGUUUUAUAAAAAAUAAAAAUGGUAAACCUUGGUA